GUGGUGUUGUCGAUGAAAGAAAAAAAUAUACGAGUGAAGAGUGAACAUAUGAAAAUAUCACACAAGGUUUACUGCUAAUAAAACGAAAUUGCGUUACAAUUAGUUACGAAAUAACUGCAUAUUAUAGUGUUUUUGCGAAGAAGUGCUAAGUUGUGGUGUGCAUUUAAAUGACAAUUUCUAUAAUCAUAUUAUGAUGUCGGAAGUGGAUCCGGAGACGUUGCUGGAGUGGCUGCUGACGGGGCAGGGCGAUGAGCGCGACAUGCAGCUCAUUGCCCUCGAGCAGCUCUGCAUGCUGCUCCUCAUGUCCGACAAUGUGGACAGGUGCUUCGAGAGCUGCCCUCCGAGAACGUUUUUGCCAGCAUUGUGCAAAAUAUUUUUGGAUGAGAGUGCACCCGACAAUGUUCUGGAAGUGACAGCCAGAGCUAUAACCUACUAUCUGGAUGUGUCCGCGGAGUGUACCCGUCGGAUCGUAGCCAUCGAGGGUGCGGUGAAGGCCAUAUGCAGCCGCCUGUUGACCGUCGAUCCUAACAACCGCACCAGCAAAGAUCUCGCCGAACAAUGUAUCAAGGUGCUGGAGUUAGUAUGCACCCGCGAGGCGGGCGCGGUGUGGGAGGGCGGCGGUCUGCCGGCCGUGCUGCACUUCAUCACGCACUACGGCACCGCCGUGCACAAGGACACGCUGCACUCCGCCAUGGCCGUGGUCUCAAGGGUGUGCGGCAAGAUGGAGCCGGGCUCAGAGCGCGUAGGCGACGCGGUGAUGUCCCUCUCAGCGUUACUGCGUCACGCGGACGCGCGCGUGGCCGACGCGGCGCUGCGCUGCUUCGCUUCGCUCGCGGACCGCUUCGCUCGCGCCCACGCCGACCCCGCGCCUUUAGCGGAGCACGGACUAACUGAAGAGCUAGUGCGCCGUCUCGGCAGCACGGAGAGCAGCGACGACAAGUGCCCGGCGCCCUCCGUGUCCACCACCGUCAGUCUGCUGUCCACGCUGUGCCGCGGCUCCGCGCAGAUAACACACGACCUAGUCCGCCUGGAGCUAUGCUCGGCCAUCGAGGCGGCCGUACAAGCAGACGAGCGCUGGUGCCUCGAGUGCAUGCGGCUGGUGGACCUCCUACUGGUGCUGGUCUGCGAAGGCCGACAUGCUAUACAGACUGGCUCAAACAGAAAUGGCGAUGCAGCCAGCGGUUCCAAGAGUGGUGCAGGAGGAGAAGGUUCCAGCGCGACAGCGGGCGCAAGAGGCGACAAGUCGCAUCGCCAGUUGAUCGAUUGUAUCCGUGGCAAGGACACGGACGCGCUGCUCGCAGCCGUGUCGACAGGCGCCGUCGACGUCAACUUCACCGACGACGUCGGGCAGACGCUGCUCAACUGGGCCGCGGCUUUCGGCACCAAGGAGAUGGUUGAGUUCCUGUGCGAGAAGGGAGCCGACGUAAACCGUGGUCAGCGCAGUUCGUCCCUGCACUACGCGGCUUGCUUCGGGCGGCCGGCCAUCGCUAAAGUACUGUUACGCUACGGAGCUAAUGCUGAUCUGCGCGACGAGGACGGCAAGACGCCGCUAGACAAGGCCAGAGAGCGUCACGAUCAAGGUCACAGGGAAGUGGCCGCUAUCCUCCAGUGCCCUGGAGAGUGGUUGGUUGUCGGCAACCAGGAUUCACCGACGUUUUCCAACGAUGAAGACUUUCCUGAGACUGGGGAUAAAGAAAUGGCUGCUAUUUAUUUAGAGCGUCUGAUCCCAGUGUUCUGCGCGCGCUACCUGGGCGCGGGCGGCGCGAGCGUGCGGCGCGCGUGCCUGUCGCUGGUGCGCAAGAUGGUGCACUACACGCCCGCCCGCCUGCUGCGCCGGCUGCCCCGAGCCACCGCCAACGCGCUCACCAUGCUCAUCGCCGCCGUGCUCGACAACGUGGGCGAGGUGGGCCCCCGGCGAGCUGUGCCUCGGGCGCUGCGCAGCCGCUAUAUCCGCGCGCCGGCGGAUGACGACGAUGGUCACAUCAUCGUGCUUGGCAUCGCCGAAGAGGUGAUGGUGAAGGCCACAGACAUCUACCUUGAGCAGUUCGCGAGGCUGGGCGUCUUCAGCAAGGUGGAAGCUUUGGCGGCCGAACCGGCGGCGAGUACUGCUAACUCCACUAGUGCAGCUGGUGGAACAGAAGACGCGACAAGUUUGUGUAGCAACGUAGCGUACUCUUGGGGCGAGUGGUCCCUGUGCCGCGGGCGCGACGCGCUGUACGUGUGGAGCGACGCGGCCGCGCUGGAGCUCAGCACCGGCUCCAACGGCUGGUUCCGCUUCCUGCUGGACGGCAAGCUGGCCACCAUGUACUCCAGCGGCAGCCCGGAGCACCAGACCGACAACACGGAGAACCGCGGCGAGUUCAUUGACAAACUCCAAAGAGCCAGAGCGUCGGUGAAAAACUCUGUACCACAGCCGAUAUUGUCCAAGCCCUCACACACCAAACUGAUACUUGGUAACUGGUCUCUGUCCUGCAAAAAGGAAAAGGAGCUUCAAAUACACAACACAGAUGGUCAACAGCAAACCACAUUGCUAAGGGAAGAUCUACCCGGGUUCAUAUUUGAAUCCAACCGAGGGACCAAACAUUCCUUCACUGCUGAAACAUUUUUAGGGCCAGAAUUAGCAAGCGGAUGGACAGACCGCAGACCCACAGUAACGAAUAACGCGAACAACGCUAACCAGCGGCGCUCGCGAGUCUCUGCUAAGACUGAGGCGCUCAAGACGCAGGUGGGGUCCCGCGCGCGCUCGCUGUACGCGCGGCACCUGGCGGGCGCGGCGGGCCGCCAGCCGCGCGCGCCCGUGGCCCGCCUGCGCGCCGUGCUCACGCUGCUGCAGCGGCAAGCCACCAAACCCACCAAAGACUGGCAGCAAGAGAUGAACGAAGCCUUAGAGCAGUUAACUGAGCUGUUAUGCGGAGAGGAACUUCUAUCCGCCUAUGAACUGCAAUCAUCGGGGCUCGCACCCGCGCUGUUGCAAGUGCUGUCACAACAACCUAAUGAACCGGCCUCCCAGUACCUUGCGCGCGAGGAGCUCGUCCGGGCCUGGGCCACGGACAGCCGCGCGGGCUGCGCGCUGGCGGCGCGGCUGGUGGGCGUGCUGGAGUCCGUGGAGCGCCUGCCCGUGCACGCGCCGGCCGGCGACGCGCCGCCGCCGCCCUCCACCGCGCUGCACCACCUCACCAAGCGGAUCAGAUUACGCGUAGUCCGCGCAACCGAAGACGGCACCGAAGACACGGCCAACAGCAACAACGCCGGCCGCAACCUCAAGGUGGAAGCCCUCACCACCGUCCGCCAGCUGGAGCGCUUCCUCGCCAAGUCCGUGGCGCGCCAGUGGUACGACAUGGAGCGCUCCACCUUCAACUUCGUGCAGCGCAUCAAGGCGGAGGCGCCGAUCGACUUCGUGUACGACCACGAUUUCGACGAGAACGGCGUCCUAUACUUCAUCGGCAGCAAUGGGGGCACCGCCGAGUGGGUCAACCCGGGAGCACAUGCCCUCGUCUCCGUAUGGUCUUCCGACGGCCGCCAAUUACCCUACGGUCGCGCCGAAGAUGCUCUGUCCCGCUCACCUGAACCGCUGAACGUGCAUACGAACGAUGAUAGACGCGCGUUUAUAGCACUCGAUCUCGGCCUGCAGAUAAUACCUACAGCCUAUACGUUGCGGCAUGCGAGAGGAUAUGGACGCUCAGCGCUCAGAAAUUGGCUCUUCCAGAUGUCUGCGGACGGCAUGUCAUGGUCAACCCUACUGGCGCACAGCGACGAGCAAGCACUACAGGAACCAGGCAGUACGGCCACGUGGCGUCUUCGCGCCGACGCGCCCUACCGCUACCUGCGCGUGCAGCAGAACGGCAAGAACGCCUCCGGGCAAUCACACUACCUGUCGCUCUCCGGCCUCGAGAUAUACGGCAAGGUGGUGAGCGUGUGCUCGACGCCGCCGCGGCAGUGCGCGGGCAGCGUGGGCGGCGCGUGCGGCGGCGCGCGCUCGCGGCGCUGGUCGCGCGGCGCGCGCGGGCUGUGCGCCGGCGCCAAGGUGGCGCGCGGGCCCGACUGGAAGUGGCGCGACCAGGACGGCAGCCCGCCCGGCCUCGGCACCGUCACCUCCGACCUGCACAACGGCUGGGUGGACGUCAGGUGGGAGCACGGCGGGCGCAACUCGUACCGCAUGGGCGCUGAGGGCAAGUUCGACCUCAAGGUGGUGAGCGGCGGCGCGGCCGAGGGCGCGCGCGGCGGACGCAAGUCCCACUCCACCCCCAGCCUGCCCGACGCCACCGCGCAGGACCAGGUGUCAGUAGCGUCAACCGAGCAGGCGUCCUCAGCGGACAACAUAUCGGGUGAAGAGAUGGCCAGCAACAUGACGCGGCCGCGUAUGCACACCGCCGACCUGUCCGCGAUCAACAACUCCACUCAUCACAUCAACACAGAUCUGGCGACGAUAGUGGAGUCUCUAACGCUGGGCGCGGAGGGCAACAACUGCAUCGCCGAUCUCAGCGGCAACUCGUUCGCCAACAUGGAGCUGGGACCCACCAGCAUCACGGACAUCACCAAGCCUUAUCCGGCCAAGGAGCCGCUACCGGAGGCGAAUUCGCAAGAGUGCGAAGACAACGAAAGCGGAGAGGGGCAAUAUGACGAGCACAACAAAAAUGAUGGACAGGGCAGCGGCUCGGGCACGAUGAGUGCCAGCGAACCGGAUCUCACACAACAGGGUGCCGCGCGCCUGCUGGAGUCGCUGGGCGUGGGCCGCGGCGGCGCCGGCCGCGGCCACAACCCGCAGCGCGCCGCGCGCACCAACCACUCCACUAGCCUGUUCCCGAGUUUGGUGCGACUCGCGUUAUCAAGCAACUUCCCCGGCGGGCUGCUGUCUGCAGCUCAGAGCUACCCUUCGCUUGCACCUAACGCGCAAAACGCUCUCACCCUUUCCCUCACGUCUACUUCCAGCGAGAGCGAGCAGGUGUCCCUUGAAGACUUCCUGGAAUCGUGUCGCGCGCCCGCCCUCCUCGCCGAGCUGGAGGACGACGACGACGGCGACGACGCGCUCGACAGCGACAAGGAGAACGAGCCCGCCUACCAGGAGGUAUCCCGCAACCUGCUGUCUCUUAUGGAAGAGGAGGCGUUGGAAGCGGUCCGCGGAGGCCUAGGACAGCGCGCACGGCGUCCGUGGGACGACGAGUUCGUGCUGAAGCGGCAGUUCUCCGCGCUCAUACCCGCCUUCGACCCGCGCCCCGGCCGCACCAACCUCAACCAGACCGUCGAUCUCGAUAUACCCCUAAACGAGUCCUCCGACACGGAGGAGCCCUUGCCGGCGCGCAGCCCGCCCUCGUCGCCCGCCCCCGCGCCCGCGCCCGCCGCCGCGCCGCCGCCCCGGCUGCCCGCGCUGCGCCUGGUGCUGAGCUCGGGCGCCGCCUCGCUGCCGCUGGAGCGCCCCGACUGGACCGUGUACCGCGCCGUCGUGCAGCUCAACCAGCGCCACAACCACCAGGACUCGCACAGGGACACCACCUACACAUUAACAUAUAAAGAAGUGGAGGGAAUGGAAACGUUCGCCGCGUCCAGUGAUAGCGAAGACGACGAACCGGGAGAUCCAGAGCGAGGCGUGUCCGGCGCCGAGGGAGCGGAGGGCGCGGCGGCGGCGGUGUGCGUGCGCGUGCUGCGCCGCCUGCGCGCCGCCGCACCCGCGCUGCCGCCCGACGCCUUCCUCUCCACCAAGCUCACCAACAAGCUGCACCAGCAGCUGCAGGACCCGCUGGCUCUCGCCGCGCACGCCGCGCCGCACUGGUGCCAACAACUGAACGACUGGUGCCCGUUCCUGUUCCCGCUGGAGACGCGGCAGAUGUUCUUCGCGUGCACAGCGUUCGGCACCUCGCGCACCAUCGUGUGGCUGCAGGCGCAGCGCGACCGAGCGCUGGACCGCCAGAGAGCUGGCAACACGGUGUCGCCGCGUCGUGCGGAAUUAGAAGCGACGGAGUUCCGCAUGGGUCGUCUGCGGCACGAACGCGUGCGCAUCCCACGCCAACCUAACCUGCUGCGAUCCGCUAUGCAGGUGAUGAAGGUGCACGCGGGGCGCAAGUCGGUGCUGGAGGUGGAGUUCGCGGGCGAGGAGGGCACGGGGCUCGGGCCCACGCUGGAGUUCUACGCGCUCGUGGCGGCCGAGCUGCAGCGCGCCGACCUCGCCAUGUGGCUGCACGACGCGCAGCUGCAGCCAGCGCAGCCCGCACACCACCAGCCCUACCACCUGGACGAAAAGCCCCCGGGCUACUACGUGACGCCGGCCAACGGUCUGUUCCCGGCGCCGCUCCCUCAAGACUCUCCAAUCUGUGAUAAAGUUUGCAAAUAUUUCUGGUUCCUAGGAGUAUUUUUAGCUAAGGUUUUACAAGACGGGCGGCUGGUGGACCUGCCGCUUUCGGAGCCGUUCCUGCGCAUCAUGUGCGGCGAGGAACUGAAGAACGAGUAUCUAGAGGACAUCGAUCCGAUUAGGCACAGGUUCCUGCAAAACGUUCUGGCCGCGGCGGACCAAUACGACGCGCUGCAAACCGACGCGUCCCUGUCCGCGGAGGCGCGCGCCUUGCGCGCAGCCGAGCUCACCGUGGAGGGCGCCACGUUCGAGCAGCUCGCGCUCACCAUGACGCACGUGGCGGCCGGCGACGUCGCCGCCCUGCAGCCGCUCUGCGACGCCGGCGACCACGUCGAGAUCGGUGCACACAACGCCCGCGCGUACGCGGAGGCGAGCGCACGCUGGAUGGUCGCGGACGGCAUCCGGCGGCAGGCGGGCGCGUUCCGGCGCGGCUUCGCCGGCGUGUUCCCGCCGCGCCGCCUGCGCGCCUUCAGCCCCGCCGAGCUCAGGCUGCUGCUGUGCGGCGAGCGCGGACCCGCGUGGACCAAAGAGCUGCUCUUACAGUACACGGAACCGAAGCUGGGCUAUACCCGCGACUCGCCCGGCUUCCUCCGGCUCGUGGACGUGCUGGUGGAGAUGUCGUGGCGCGAGCGCAAGGCCUUCCUACAGUUUGCCACGGGCUGCAGCAGCCUGCCGCCCGGCGGGCUGGCCAACUUACACCCGCGCCUCACUGUCGUCAGAAAGGUGGACGCAGGCGACGGCUCAUAUCCCUCAGUGAACACAUGCGUGCACUACCUGAAGCUGCCCGAGUACUCCUGCAAAGAGGUGCUACGCGAGCGCCUGCUCGCCGCCACCAACGAGCGCGGCUUCCAUCUCAACUAGGCGUCUCAUGGCGACCCAGCGAGUUCCUAAUGUCUGUAAGCCGUUAGUAGAAAAUAAUUAUAUUACACCUUGUACUCUAAUAGGCACGUCUAUACAGACCGAGCUGCUUCGUGUGGUAAAAUCCUCGUGAGGCGGAUCGUUCUCUGAUGCCUAUUGAGGAUUGGCGCUUCCACGACUCACAACGCAUCAACGCGAUUGAAUGAUCUCAACUUAUGGUGUAAUAAGUUACUUGGCUGCUUGCUACUGACAUAAUUGACUUGACAGUUUUAUUAAUUUGUACCCUUGGUAAAAUAAAUAUUCGAAUUACAAUGGGUAUGCGAAUAUUUUCGAUUUACUAUCAAUCGUAUAUGGACUCGUAUAUUAACACCUACGAACACGGAAUUGAACUCUAACGCAAUAUAAUAACGGCUGAGCCGCAAACAGCCAAUAGCGGAUGAAGAAGUGUGAUAAGAAGAGUUAUUAUUGGCUAAAAUAUUUAUCUACGCUGCGCUGGUUUAUGUACCACUUUACAGUCUUUACGAGCAGGUGCAGUCGACGUCUAAAAUAUGUAUACAUUUAACGCCUUGUUACAAUAUAAUAAGAUGCAAAAAUGUUAACAUAUAACUUGAAUGCCCACAAGUAUACCGACAGUUCACCAUGAUCUCAACCAAUAUGAGUACUCGGCCUAGUCUAUAGUCUAAUCUUACACAUAGCUCAAAAAGACUUGUGUUAUGGUAUGACAUUAGAUAAUGCUAUAAGACACUUUGUUUGUAUUAUUUGAAUAUAAUUUACUGUGUUGUACAUAUCACCAGCGUAUCGUGAGUAACUAGGCGGACGAUAUGUAUGCGAAGAUUUUUUGUCUAUUUGCGGCAUAUUUAGUUAGAUAUUUUUUAAUUUUUUUGUUAGAUUUAAAAUGUACUUGUAAAGACAAAUUGGAGUUCUCUCACAAAAAAUGCUUAGAUAGGUAAAUAUAUUCACGCUGCUUCGAAGCGUAAUCAAUAACCUUUUUUUCACCAAUACUUUUUGUCGUUUUGUAAUACGUGUUACUAUUCAUUUGUAUACUUGGGUCGGCGAUAUCAAAGGAAGACGAUUUUUGUAUGUUAUCUAAUACUAUAAACUGUUUGUGUAACAUUUUAGACGUACAAACUAUUGUACCGUCGUUUUAAGGUAGUAUUCAGAUUUACAGACAUUUUAGACAUGUCGUUUUUAUAUAAAUGUUAAUGAGAACCAUUAUAUUUAUACCGUAACGUGGUAAUCUCAUUACAUCCACGCUCAGUUAAUACUAUCUAAUUCUGAAUACCACUUUAGUUUAUAAUCUGGGUAGGAGUAAUGUAAUCUCGAUGAAGAUUUGUUACCGUGGGCAAUUAUAUAUAUAUAUAUAUAUAUAUAAAGUACACCACUAUCGCUGGGUCGGGAUUAUUCAAUUUAUUUACAUAGUGUCUUGAUUUGUGCUCUAAGUUUUUGCUGCUAUUAUUAUUGUAAGAUUUGAUUAAAAAUAUAAAAUAAGAGAGGCUUCUGUUUUGUUAGUGAACGAGUACUUUUGACUAGAUCUCUGUGAUGUUUAUAUUCAUAUAGUUGAAAAUGACCAGAUUUGUACUUUUUGGGUGCCCUAAUCAUGGAUUCACUCGUAAUUGAAUAUUUUAUAGUUGAAAUUAGUAAAACAUAUAAAAGCACGACAUAUGUGCUAUUUGCAGUCACCUUUAAAACGUAUGAUUCGCUUGACAAAAGGAAUGUGAAAAUCUACGAAUAACUUGCAUCUAUAAAUGUUUGAACUUUCAUAUAUUGUAUGAUAAUUGAAAAAUUUGGUUCCCUGAAAAAACACCAUUUUGUCAAGUGAUAGUACUUACUGAUGCCUACGCCUUAGCUAAUGUAUCUAAAUUUUAAAGUAUGCAUCGCGUAUGGUGCUUCCAUAACUGUCUUAUGUAUAUCGAAUUCUGUACUAAAUAAUCUUGUAUCGAAUAACAAACAUAACUAUCGCUUAUGUUCAAUGUAUACUAAUCAUGAUUAGCAAAUUCACACGAAAAUACACUUUGGUAAAUGUAAAAAGUGAAACCAAGAAAGAUAUAUAAAUUCAGGGUGUAAAACACUAUAUACUAAUACUAUUUUAGCUAUGUUCCUUUUAUUAAGUAGUCAACUAAAAGUUGAUAUUGUGAUGUAUGAAAUAUUUUACGAAUUAAAAGAUAUUUAGUUUAUCAUAAUUAGGCGAUUAGAUUAAAAUUUAUUAACAUUACAGCAACAUGUAGCGCUCGGAUCAUAUUUGUUGUUGAGGAUUGUGUCAAUAAAUUAAGCAAGAAUU